UGUUCUUUUUGUGACAGCUUUUUGUUGUUAAAUAGGUAUACUUUGCGUACAUAUAAUUAAUGUUAUUGUUAGAAUUAAAUAGUUAUUUAUAGUACGAUCAAUAAAUGAAAAACAUGUGUUCCUAGUUUCACAUUAACUGCAGCCGAAACGGAUAGAAAAAAAACAACAUUUUGUAGUUUUAUAAAUCGCUAGGAGUGCAAUGUUUCAGCCAACUAUUAAUGAAUAUCAGCUGACUUCGAUUAUAGCCGAGUGUUGUGGCGGUGUGGCAGUGGUUUAUUCAGCGGUUUACAAACCUUACAAAGAAAAUGUGGCUAUCAAAAGGUAUUUUGUGGACAAGUCUAAGGAAAAAGCAAACUUAAUUCAGCAAGAUAUCCUUACUAGAAAAGAGCUUCAGCAUCCAAACAUACUUCCAUACCUUACGUCAUUUGUGCACGGGAGAGAACUGUAUGUGGUGUCACCUCUCAUGAACUUAGGGUCAUGCAGAGAUAUCCUGGACAGGUACUUUCAGGAGGGUCUGCCGGAGCUGGCCUGUGCUAUCGUAUUGAGGGAUGUGUUGCUUGCCUUGCAGUAUUUACACAAACAGUUUUAUAUUCACAGGAGUGUACGAGCAAGUCACGUGUUACUAGAUACAAACGGCAAUGUCCGCUUAUCUGGCCUCCGGAGUGCGGCCUCUAUGAUGGUGCGAGGGCGGCGACAGAAGCAACUCCACAGCCUGCCGCCGCCAGAUCACGACAAUGCCAACUUGAUGUGGCUCAGUCCAGAAUUAUUGGAACAGAAUCUCAAAGGCUACAACGAGCAAUCGGACAUGUACUCGCUAGGCGUGCUAUGUUGCGAGCUCGCCAACGGUGCAGUACCGUUUGCAGAGGUACCCACCACAUUAAUGUUCACUGAAAAAGUGAGGGGCAGUCGACCUCAAUUGCUGGAUUGUUCGUCAUUCCCCGAACCACUGGAUGAUGGUGAGAUGAAGAGUAUGUACAACACGGACAGCGGUGUGGGUGACAGCGCAGAGGGGAUGUCCCGUUUGCGAGCCGCUUAUGCUGCCCGAAAACUGAGUGACAAUUUCCAUCACCUCAGCGAUCAGUUACUACAAAGGGACCCAGAGCGAAGGCCGUCCGCCACACAACUGCUGAAUCACGCGAUGUUCAAGCAGAUCAGGAAGACAGACUUCUUGCCCAGCCUCAUCGGACGAGUCAAACCUAUCAAACCUGACCCUGAUGACAUAUCAGCUCUGAUAUUGCAGGAGAAGCUUUCCGAAAUGGAAAUCGAAAAGACGACCGAAUGGGACUUCUAGCAUACGCUGUAUUAAGCACUGGUACUGAUUCUGAUCACAACUAAAUUUUAGAGUAUUUGCAUCUUUUUCAUACCAAUUUAAUAAGAAAAAGACAGACAAACAUUUAGACAUUUAGAACUGUCAAACUUCGUGAUUUUAAGUGCCAGUCGUGAACCUACUCUUUAAAUUUAUACAGUAACACUAAAAUUUAGUCUUUGAUUUAAAAUUCAUCUUCCGUCCUUUUUUGGCAAUAUUAAAAAGAAAAAGA